CCGAAGAAGCGAAACCAAACCUUGCUGUUUUCGCAUAACGCAGUGAUCGCGCUGCGAGACGGGAAGCUGUGUUUAAUGUGGCGUGUUGGGAACCUUCGGCGGAGCCACAUCGUUGAAGCCCAUGUUCGAGCGCAGCUUAUCCGCCCCUACGUGACGGCAGAGGGCGAGUUCAUCCCGCUGGAGCAGACCGAUUUGAAUGUGGGCUACGACGAAGGCACAGACCGCCUGUUCCUGGUGUCGCCGCUAGUAAUCGUGCAUGAAAUCGAUGAGGACUCACCUCUGUGGGGGAUGAGCUGCGCGGAUCUGGAGUCCGAUGAUUUCGAGAUCGUAGUGAUCCUGGAGGGAAUGGUGGAGGCGACGGCAAUGACCACGCAAACGCGUAGCUCGUACCUGUCCCGCGAGAUCCUGUGGGGUCACCGCUUCGAGCCGGUCAUCUUCGAGGACCACGACCGUUACCAGGUGGAUUACGCGCACUUCCACAAGACCUACGAGGUUCCCUCGACGCCCGCCUGCAGCGCUAAGGAGCUG